ACUCUAUGUCAUUUCGCUUUAAAGUGCGGUUGAGUAGAAGAAAAAUCUACCAGAUCACCAGCAACAUGUUUCAGUUGAACAGUUCAGUCUUAUCUGGACUUCAGCCUCAUUCAGUCUUGCAGUGAUUUUGGGUAAGUCAGAGAUUUCCAUUUACAUAGCUCAUAUCUCUCCAUUUACAUGUAGGUUUAUCUCACUUGACACAGAUAAGUGGAGGUUUGGUGUCAUUGUGAUGUGAACCUGAGGCUGAAGUCCAGCAAUGACUGGGACACUGAAAGGAUUUCAGUGAACUCUGAAUCUGAACUCAGCAGUCAGCUGCCAGUGUUUUUCAUUCAGUCAGUGUAGACUAAUGCAGUGUGAGUGUGGGAAAAGAUUUGGGUACAGAGAACAUCAUAUUUCAUCUCAUAGAUGUGGCUUUACUGAAGGUUAGCUGAUUUUACAUUUCAUUAGGUUCAACCAGGAGCUCACAGUACUGUUUCACCAACUAAACAUUGUUGGUCUGACAGCAGAGGAAGGCGAAGUAUGAAGUGUUUGAGAUGUUGGAUGCCAGCGGUGACCCUGCUGCUGCUUAGUGCGGCUGGAGUUGACAUGGAGCAACUCCAAGCUGAGAACCUGAAUCUCAUUCAUCCAGAGAAACAUAACUUGGUCCUAAACCGUGGAAUGAGAGUGUUGCCCAGAGACUGCCAUGAAAUGCUGAUGACCUCUUCAGGCCAGGCCAGAGACGGGGUGUAUCUGAUCCAGCCAGGUGACUCCCCCAUCAUGGUCUACUGUGCCAUGCAGGAGGGAGGAUGGACUGUGGUACAGCAUAUCACUGUCAAUAGCAGCGUGAAUUUUGAUCGUACCUGGGCUGAGUACAAGCUCGGCUUUGGGGAUGUAACUGGUGAUCACUGGCUUGGGAAUGAAUACCUUCAUCAGCUCACCCGCGGCCCAGGGCUCUAUAAACUGGGAGUAAAACUAGUGAACCGAGAUGCCAUCACCAAGACGGGGGAGUAUGAUCCAUUCCUGGUGGAGGAUGAAUCAUCAGCAUACAGGCUGAGGCUGGGGUUGUUCCAGGGCACAGCUGUAGACGCUCUUACCCUGGACACAGAGAACUACCUGCAUGACAACCAGAGAUUCACCACCAAAGACAGAGACAAUGACAACUACUUCCAAAAUUGUGCUAAGCUGGAGUUUCAAGGGGUACCAGGAGGAGGUUGGUGGUACGAUGCCUGUGCUGGUGCCAACCUCAAUCGCAGGAAUGUCAUCUACUGGCAAAAGGACUGCAACAAGGAGCAACUGUGCAAGUAUGCAUGGAUGAUGGUGAGACCUUCAGACACAGUCAAAAUGAUUCCCAGUGGAGACUGCAAGAAGGAUGAGCUUUAGUGGUUUUCUGGAUUUGUGAUAGUGAAUGACAUUGGGUUUGGCAGCUAUUGUGA